GCCCAACAAAAUGCAAGUGUCCAGCCCACUUUAAUGAAAUGAGAAGGAAGACCCGAGAUUUUAUUGAACAAUUUUUCUCCUCCUUUCCACUCAAAAACUCCAGUGGAGCGCAGCCAAGAGCUUACUACACAGUAAUCAAUCUGUUUGGAAGUGGCGGAUCCAGUCUCUCACAAAGAAAGGCAGCCGUUUGUUCUCAUCAAGUGAAUCUGAAUAUUGAGCUUCUUUUCGGAUCCAAGAAAUGAACUUAGGGAGACUGAAAAAUGUGGUAGCUGCUGCAGCCAUUGAAGGAUUGGUCGAGGCAAGGGCCAAGAUAUUUGGUCAUGUAAUUAAUCCAACUGGGCAGCGAUCUGCUCACAAGGUUUUACGCAAGAAGCUGAUCGGUGAAAAGGUCUCACAAUGGUACCCACAUGAUAUCAUGAAAGAUGACCCUCUUGUGAUGGCACGUCAAGAACAAGAGCGUCUGAGCAAGCUUGAAAUGUUGAAACGUCGCGGAAAGGGGCCACCUAAGAAGGGCCAGGGCAAGCAGGCUAAGAAACGCAACAAAUAGAGAGUACAUACUUUCACUGGUUUGAAAUAAAGGGGGUAUCUAGGAUUACUCUUUACAAUUUGAUUGCUAACUUUUAUCACCAGCCACUUGCUUUCUAAUGACUAAUGAGCAUCAUGCAUACUCUUUUACAAUUUUUUCCAUAUAGUUUGGGGUGUUCGAGUUAGUUUGCUUGCACCUCGACUAUUUUACAAUGAAUUAAAUGGGUGGGUAUAUUAUUGGAUUUGGUAUAAUAGAAUGAGAUUUUAAGUAGAAUAAAUUUAUAUAUCCAUGUAGGCGUGCCGUGCCACAUAGGUGCCAUGCAGGAUAAUAAGACUUAACAAUGCAAGUAUAAAUGCGUGUAAAGUUGGAUGACAGGGGUAAAUAUAUCAAAAAAGAAAGUAUUAUUCUACUUAAAUUCCCAAAUCAUCAAUAAAUAAAAAAACUUUUAAAACCAAUCUCCCUACAAUCACGCAACAAUAAUAUCUUUACUUGUUGUCUUCUUCUUAUCAUUCUUUGAAGAUGGGGUUUAGCAGAGGCGAUCUUGUUGAAGUUGGAAGCAAAGAAGAUGGAUUUCUGGGUUCUUAUUAUGAGGCAAUUGUUGUGUGUCAACCACUCAAGAAAGAUUACAUCGUGCAGUAUAAAACCCUAUUGAAAGAUGAUCAAUCUGGUCCCCUGACGGAGUUUGUUACCCACUCAGAACUCCGGCCAGUUCCGCCGGUGAUUCCGGUGAGUAGAUUUAAUUUGAAUGAUCAAGUUGAUGCGUUUGGUAAUGAUGGAUGGUGGGUUGGAAGAAUUACUGGUAAAAUUGGGAGUAAGUAUUUUGUGUAUUUUGAUUCUAGUGGAGAUGAAUGUGGGUAUUUUAUAAGUGAUUUGAGAGUUCAUCAAGAUUGGAUUGAUGGGAAGUGGGUUUGUUCAAAAUAAAUUGUAAAUUGUGAUUGAAUCAAUAGUGUUUCAGUUUUGAUGUUGUUACGGUUCUUUGCA